AUGGAGAAUUAUAUCGACAUCCAGUUCGCUCGAGAUCACAAUCUCCAGCACCAGAGUAUCACACCCAGACCAGUGUUUAAUGUCGAUGGAUCACCAAAUAAAGCCGCAGCCAUUAAACACAAAGUCUUCUUCACUAUAUCCUUUUCAGGACAACCAAUGAAGAUAGAAGUGUAUGCCACAGUCCUUGAUAGAAAUCCAAUCAUUCUAGGUCUCUCCUGGUUCAAACGUUUCAACCCAGUAAUUGAUUGGGUCACUGGAAAGAUGCCCUUUUGCUGGGAUCAACUUCUACGAGCAAUCAAAACCCUUGCUAGCAACAUCCCAGAUUACCUAAAUGCCUUCCUCUCUGUAUUCAACAAAAGUACAGCAGAACAAUUACCGGAACGGAAACCCUGGGACUAUGCAAUCAAUUUGGAAGCCAACUUCAAACCUCAGCAAGGAAAGGUUUACCUGUUAUCACCAGCAAAGCUCAAGGAGUUAGACACCUUUAUUGAGGAAAACUUGCGGAAAGGAUAUAUUCAUCCAUCAAAGUCUCCUAUGGCAUCCCCAUUUUUCUUUGUCAAUAAGAAAUCAGGAGAUCUAAGACCAUGCCAGGACUACAGGAAACUCAAUGAUGCCACUAUCAAGAAUGCCUACCCAAUCCCAAGAGUAGAAGAUCUAUUGGAUCGUGUUGCCUCUGCCAAGCCAACUAUGUUUACCAAGCUUGAUUUGCACACAGGAUACAACAAUGUACGGAUCAAAGAAGGUGAUGAAUGGAAAGGAGCUUUUAUUACUCCAUGA